AUGCCACCCCUCCGCUGCGCCAAUGCGCCCGCACCGGCGAGCCUCUUCGUCCAACUGAGCAUGCGCCGAACCGCCCAGUCCCCUAUUCUGGCCGAUAUCCUGCUCCCACUGCGUACGCGCGCCCACUACAGCGUCACCAAAAGGAUAGCAACCGCUCCGACUACCACUCCCGUCUGCAAGACGCAAUGGCGCGCCAGACAAUCGCUGUCUUCAAGCCAGUUCAACAAGCGCCUCUUCACCACCUCGGCCCCGCGCAAGGCAACCCACACGCUAUUCAACCCCCAGAAUGACGAGGAUGGGAACGAGAUGGUGCUGGAGAUUACAGAGCGAGCGGCAAAGCGUCUCUCAGAAAUCAUGACCAAGGACUCCAACCCCUACCUCGCGCUGCGCAUCCAAGUCGAAUCCGGCGGCUGCCACGGUUUCCAAUACCUCAUGAAGCUGGUCACUCUCCCAUCGCAACUCCCGGAGCUACCCGUUUCCGAAGAGGCCGCGGAGGGAUCAGAGAUUCGCGAGGACGAUACGAUAUUCAGCUAUUACCCCGAUAACAGCCCAGCGCCGUCGUCUUCCGAUCUGACGGUACCGAAGAUCAUUCUGGAUGGGCCGUCGCUGGAGUUGCUCAAGGGUAGCAAGGUCGACUUCACGAUGGAGUUGAUCGGUUCCCAGUUCAAGAUUGUUGACAACCCACUGGCGACGAGCAGCUGUGGCUGUGGUACGAGUUUCGACAUCAAGAUCUGA